GCGUGUGUGGUGCGCGCGGUCUCUUCUCUCCCCCUCGCGGAUCCCUCAUAGUCCCCCAUAUCUUUUUUUUACUACUACUGUCCCUUCUCGAAUCGUUAACUCGAGUGGGGAAACAUAUAUAUAAGCACCGUUUAUAUAAAAGCACCGACAGGUCUAAGGAUACAACCAGUGCGCGUAUUAAAGAUAGCUCAACUGUGUUUACGAGUGUUUAUGAAGAUAGUGGUGGCCGGCUACAUUCUUAACUUUGCGUUAGCGUGGUUGACGGCGACAUAAAGUCAUCUGCAGUAAAGGAAAAUAACAGUUACCGUUGACUCUUCGUCAGAGAAACAGCUAGAGAUUGAAAAGAGAAUUAACAUCGCAUUAUGAACAGUAACGACGAUCAGACAAUCAUGAGAAAAACAUACAAUAUGUUGCUCCUUCUAGCAGAAAUAUUACUUCUUAUUUUGAAAAUUGUAUAUGAUAUUUGUGAAGACGUAUACAGAUUAAUCAUUCCAACGAAGAAAAAGAGCGUAGCUGGCGAAAUUGUUUUGAUAACAGGUGCAGGUCACGGUAUCGGAAAGGAAUUAGCGAUUGGCUAUGCAUCGUUAGGAGCAACAGUGAUAUGCUGGGACAUUAAUGAAGAAAGCAACAACGAAACAAUGAACGAGAUUAAAAGAAUGGGAAGAGACGCUGUAUACGCGUAUCGAUGUAAUGUAGCAGAUAAGGAAGAAGUCUUUCGGGUAGCCGAGAAAGUAAAGAAAGAAGUUGGUGACGUUACUAUCUUGGUCAACAACGCCGGCAUAGGGAUUAUUAAAUCAUUCCUGAAUCACAGUCUCGAUGAAAUUGAACGG